AAGAAAGCCCCACACCCACACCCACACCCCCGCACACACACUAUCACUCUUUCUCUCUCUUUCUCAGAGUUUCUCUCACACCAAACACAUUUUCCAUUUUUUAUCUCGGCUCUAACUGCCAACGAAACUCCUCUCUUCUCAAGCUUCACUGCUGCUUUCCUUCUCUCUCCGUCUUGCAGAGCUCAUUAAAGUCUAUUGCAAACUGACUUUACUCUCUGUUGUUCAAGAUCUGAAAAUAGAGAGUUUGAAUUUGUGAUUUUUAGCAAAUUAGCUGAAAAUAAUUAUGUAGGUCUUGGUUUCCUUGGAUCUUUCUUGUCUCUUUAUCGCCUGAUUUUGUUUUUGCGGGAUUUCCGAUCUGGUUGUCUUCUACAUUACGUGUUCUUUUCUGAAAAAUAAAACAAAAUAAUUGUUUUCUCAUUGUUUCUGAAUGAGUGAAAAUGGAGCCAUUUCAGCGAAGGAGGUCCAAGAUUACGAGCUUAACCGGUGAUCUACUUGGUUCGACGGAACCUGCAUUCCGCGAAGGAAAGAGACAGCCCCAGAAACCGAUUUUUUUUCCAAAAUUGGCCUCUGAUUCUAGUUCAUGCAGUAGUGAUACAGAAGAUGAUUCGCUGACAUUUGAGGUGGGUUGGAGAUCUUCAAAACAAACCAGAAGACCAAUUAAGAAGUUGUUAGCAGAAGAGAUGUCAAGAGAAACUCAAUCCAAGAGAAGAUCACCUAGUGUAAUUGCUAGAUUGAUGGGUCUCGAUGGUCUUCCUCCUCAGCAGUCUACUCAUAAACAACAGAAAAGGUCCAUGGAGAAUUAUCAAAUGAGGACAGCAUCAGUAGAAAGGGCUCAGAGGAGUGGGACAUCUUCUGGCCGCUUAUCUUUUAGGAAAAGCUCAAAGGAAGAGCAAGAAUUCAAGGAUGUGUUUGAAGUUUUAGAUGCAUCAAAGAUGGAGAGUAGCAAUAACUCAUUGCCAGAGACUUCAAAGACAAAGUUUACUGAGGCUGAGAUGGUUUUUAUUAAGCAGAAGUUCAUGGACGUGAAGCGUCUUUCAACUGAUGAAAGGCUUCAGGAUUCAAAGGAAUUCCAUGAUGCACUUGAGGUGCUAGACAACAACAAGGAUCUUCUGCUGAAAUUUCUUCAGCAACCUGAUUCAUUGUUCACAAAGCAUAUGCAUGAUCUAGGUGCCCCUCCCCAGUCCCAUUGUGGUCAUAUGUCAACAGUGACAUUAUCUCAUGCUUGGAAUUGUGAAAGCAGUGGCAUAAGUGGGAAAGCAGAAAGAGAAACUCCAUGGAAGAGUAAUUGCAAAUCUACUCAGAAACAUCUCGAUGGUGUUCCUAGUCACACUUAUGGUAGAAAUAGUGCUCAGAGUUUCAAUAAGUCUGCAAAAGUUCAAUUGGCAGUGAAAGAAGACCCAGCUGUCUUUCCUACAAGGAUUGUUGUUCUAAAACCAAAUCUUGGAAAGCCACAGGCUGCCAUCAGAACUGUUUCAUCACCUCCUCAUUCUUGUCCGUUAGAUUUUAGAAAGCAUGCAGAAUUUCCAGGCACCAAAAAUAUGGAGGCAGAGUCAUGGGCGAAGAGAAAUAUUAAUGAUGAUGUAGGAUUUUCGAGACAUAAUUCUAAAGAAUCAAGAGAAAUCGCCAAGGAAAUCACUAGGAAGAUGAGAAAUAGUUUUAGCAAUGGUUCCAUGAAUUUUUCAACUUCCGGAUUUAAAGGAUAUGCGGGGGAUGAGAGUUCAAGUAACAUGUCUGGAAGUGAGUCUGCAAAUGAGUCAGAGUUUAAAACAGUGACUUCCAGAGAUGAGUUUAAGAGGCAUAACAGAUUCAGGUCUACAUCUUCCCGUUCAGCAGAAUCAUCUGUGUGUAGGGAGGCCAAGAAGAGACUCUCGGAGAGGUGGAAGAUGUCCCACAAGUCUCAGGACUUGGGAGUUAUUAGUAGGGGCAGCACAUUGGGUGAAAUGCUUGCUAUUCCUGAUGGGGAAGUGAGGCCUGCAAAUUUGGAUGCUGUGGUUGGUGAGGAAGGAUUCACAUUUUGCAGUGACAACAGACGAGGAAGGUUUGCUGGACCUCUGGGUAUUAGCAGUAGGGAUGGAUGGAAGGAUGAUGGUGUUAGAACUUUAUCAAGAUCAAGAUCUCUUCCAGCUUCUUCUACCUUUAGAAGUCCCAAAGCCAGCAUGCGGCGUGAAACUCUUGAUGAUGACAGGUAUAUGAUGUCAAAAGAGACUGUGAAGCGGGAAAGAAACAAGGCAGGGAAGGGAAAUUUAAAUCAGAAAGAUGGUUCAUCUGGUAGAACAUCAAGAUCAAGCAGUAAGAAAUCUUCACUCUGCACAAGUAGGGAGAGUUAUGAUAGCUCACCGGAUAUUUCUUUCAGCCAUCAUCAAUUUGACUGCCAUUUCAAACAGGUUCACCCAUCUGAAGAAAGUUUUAUGGUUUCAGAGACAUAUGAGAGUAUUGUUACCGAUACAAAUUCAGUUCCUGAAAAUGUGUUGGAUGUGGGACAUGAGAACACAAACAUUUCUUCAUCUGAAUCUCCAAAUUCAGAAUUAUCAGCUCCUCCUUUGUUGUUAAAGGGCAAUUCAUCUGCUGUUGACUUGGAUGUUUUAAGUUCAAAGGAACCAUCUGAUGCACCAUCUAAAGAAGUCCCUUUGCAUCACCCUAUAUCUGGAGUAGAUUCUCCAGCAAGCUCUAGGGAGGCUGAUCAGCCCAGUCCAGUUUCAAUUCUAGAAGCUCCUUUUGCAGAUGAUUUGUCAUGCGGUUCUGAAUACUUUGGGGGUGUCAGUGCCGAUCUCCAUGGGCUUCGGAUGCAACUUCAACUACUCAAGUUGGAGUCAGACGGAUAUGACGAGGGACCUAUGCUUGUUUCAAGCGAUGAAGAUGCAGAGGAAAGACUUGUUCAGAUUAUGGAUGAGAAGAGCAUAAUAAAAGCUGAAGAGAAUUGGGAGUCUUCUUAUGUAGCUGAUGUCUUACUCGAGUCCGGAUUAAACAAUGUCAACUCCAACACAUUCAUUGCAGCAUGUCACUCUCCAGAAUGCCCUGUGAGUCCAUCAGUAUUUGAAGAACUUGAAAAAAAGUACGGCAGUCUAACCUGUUGGACUAAGUCAGAAAGGAAGCUAAUGUUCGACUGCAUAAAUGCAAAACUCAUGGAAGUUCACCAGCAAUGUACAGAUCCACGCUCAUGGAUGAAGCUUAAAUGGAAGAAAACUGAGCUCCAGGAAAGGCUGCACAAGUUGGUGUCGAACCAACAUAAGAAAGUUAACAAGGAUGCCGGGGAGAACGUGCUGGCAAGAGAAUCGCAGUGGCUGAAUAUUGGUGAGGAUAUUGAUGUAAUCGGUAGGGAAAUUGAGAGGGUGUUGAUAGAUGAACUAGUAGGAGAGGUAGUAACCAUGUAA